UAUAGGCAUUUGUCAAAUUUUUUUAACUGACCUUUAACUGAAGGAUGAAAUCUGCACCACGUUUCAAGUCGUUUUAGUGUCAGUAACUAUGAAAAGCGUACGGACUUUUGCAACUCUCUGUCUCAAUGACCUGUUUUGGAUUAAAAGUCUUCACUGCCGAUCGGAGAAGGUACGGCCGCUGUGCGCGGUAAAACAACUUGUUUAUCCGGCCGUGCGAUCACAUGCUGCCGCUACCAAGAAGAAAGAGCAGCCGUCAGAUACUGCAGCGGCCACCAAAACUUGUCUAAAGGCUAUAGAUUUAGCCCAGAGAUAUCGGCGCGAUAAAAACAAAGCAGCGGAAAGCGAGAUUACGGUGUCCCCAGCGCAAAAGCGUGUCGCUGAGCUCCGGCAGCUGUCCCAGCAGCUGCAGUCCGUCCAUCCCAACGUCCUGGCCAAAGCAUUGCACCGGGGCCUGCUUUUCCACAACCAGGACAUCGUCGCCAUCAACAAGCCCUACGGCGUGCCUGUGCAUGGCGGCCCCGGUGUGGGAAAUAACAUCAGCGACGUCCUGCCGAUCUUGGCCAAAAUGAUCGACGGGAUUCGGGCGGAGUCUAACCUGUAUCUCUGCCACCGACUGGACAAGGAAACUACUGGGGUGAUGCUAUUGGCCAGGAGCGAGGAGGCAGCCAAUUACGUGCAAGAACUUUUCAGAGCUCAUCAAGUGGAGAAGAAAUAUUUGGUACUAAGUGUUGGGGUGCCUGUUCCCUCAGAGGGUGUGAUUGAUAUCCCUAUCAUGGAGAAAGAGGUCCAGGGGUCACAGCCACAUUACAAAAUGACCGUGAGCCCCUUAUACAAGGUGUCGGAGAGUGGUGAUGAGGUUACGCGUGUCCGAGCCAGUCGACAAGCCCACAGCGCUGUCACCCAGUACCGCGUGCUGGACAGCUCUGGAGGUUGCGCCCUGGUGGAGCUUCAGCCCAUUACAGGAGUGAAGCACCAGAUCCGUGUCCACAUGGCAUAUGGGUUGGGUUGCCCAAUCCUCGGGGACCAUAAGUAUGCCCACUGGGCCAGACUGGCACCACAGAAGUUGCCGGAAGGUGUGCUACGCCGGCUGGGCCUGGAGCAGAGCAAAGCGCGGCACCUCCCCCUCCACCUGCAUGCCCGGCAGCUGCUGCUUCCAGGCAGGAACGGUCAUGGGGACAUCAGCCUCUACUGCCCCCUGCCUAAAUUUUUCAUCAAUACUUUGCACAAGAUGAAGAUUGCCCUCCCAGAGAAGCCGUGAUGACCAUAGCCAGGCUUCCUGGGCUGGGGGGGAGGCUUGGGGGGUGGGGCCGUGUGGACGUUUGUGUGCAAUCCCAGCAUCAGUCCAGUGGGGUUUGCUUGUGGCCCGUUUGGAAGCUGCUCGGGGUCCACCCCUCAUAUGCCUUCACAGUGAAAAUUAAAUGGCAGUGGAACUUUAUUUUCCCUCCUUUUCAAGACAUACAGACAUUGGGAGAGCAAAACUUUGGGUCUGAAUUAAUUGUACUUUUUGAUCCCACUAGAUGGUGCUCUUGGUUUACUUUGAAACAUGCUUUGACAAAAUGCUCCCAUUUAUGAAAACAUAGCACCAUUUAGUGGGGUCAGAAAAUACAGUAAUUGAUUCAUGAAGCUUUAUUUGCUAAUCACUACUAGGAGCUACAGCUCUUGGAUUUAUGCGGCAAAAUUGUUAGUAAAUAAAUACAGAAGUUAUUACUGUGAGAACUGAUCCUCUUUUAUGGGUGGGUGACACUGACAGACAGAUUCAGGUUCUGUUUAUUCAUCACUGGUAGAACAAGCUCUCCUUCCUGCUGGCGUGGCUCCUUGGAUCUCUGCUCAGAUCUCUGCUUCCCUGCUCUGAAGCCACACUCCGCUGAGAUGAUCUGUUACCUAAAACAGUUGUGGCGUGUGGUUUUUGUAUUUUAGACCCCAGAAAAAAUCCCAACAGUGUCUGUGUCACCUGAAGGCUGUCCCUGUCUUUGAUAAACAUGAGUGAACUUCAUUUUUGAAGUACCAGUUGGAAUAAACCAUUCUUUUUAUUCUCAGAUUU